AAUAUGAAAAAACUCGCCAACUUCUCAGCAAGCCAAGCAAGUCAAGAUAUUGAAGAUGGUGCCAAGGUCAUGCUUCAGCUUCUGCUGCCAGGUCACUUCACCAGGGAAGAGCUCAACACUUGGCCCUUCACCCCCACAGGCUGGGAGAAAUGUGAAAAAAACCUGCCACCACGACUUGUGGACAUUCUACGUCUUGCUUCUACUGGGGAGAAUUCUGCUGAACACAUUUGGAUGUUAUGUGGUCAGGCUGAGAAAUUUUUCAGUGAACAUGGAGUACAGUGUACAGAUGCAAACCCCACUGCUGUUGCUGAUGACAGAUCUCUGCCUCCACCUGUCUUAGUUUCUGACAAUCAAGAAUCCCCAGCUAUAGAUGGCAGAUAUUUGACUUCACCUGUCUCGUGUUCUGAACGUCAAGAAUCUCUAGCCACAGCCUCACAUGAAGCCAGUUUCACCAGACCCAGUGUAAUAAACCAGUGUGAAGAUAAAGGAUUUAACUGCAAGCUAGUUGUUAGUGGGAUUCAUGAUGGCGCAUAUACAUGUACAAUCCCAGCUCCUGCAGUGAGACGUGAUCUGUCGGACAUCAAUUUUAACGAGGAUCAAAGUUCUAUGGCAGAAAGCCAUAUUAGUGGCCUUGACAGUCUGACAAAUCAGAAGAACAUCAGAUUUGACCGUAACGUGAGUUAUGUGACAAAUGACACUGCACUAAUAAGUCGAUUGGACAGCGAGGCUAUUAGCCUGAACCCUCAGCAGGCAAAUGGUGACAAUAAGGGUAGUGGAAAACCAAGUCGACAGACUUCUGGUUUAGGAACCAUGUCAACUUUUGAUAGUCAUGAUGCACACUCCAAAAGUCAUCAGAGACACAGUCACCAGUUCAAUACAGCAAGACAGCAUAAGAGUAUGCCAGGUGCUAGUGUAGGCAGGAUUGACAAUGGACCAACAUCUGAAGGAGCACAACCAAAGGAUGGGACAGCUGCUGAUGUAGGUGGGAUAGGGAGUGGGCCAACAUCUGGAGGAAAAAGACCAGAGAGUGGGACAGCUGCUGAUGUAGGUGAGAUAGAGCAUGGGCAAACAUCUGGAGGAAAAAGACCAGAGAGUGGGACAGCUGCUGAUGUAGGUGAGAUAGAGCAUGGGCAAACAUCUGGAGGAAAAAGACCAGAGAGUGGGACAGCUGCUGAUGUAGGUGAGAUAGAGCAUGGGCAAACAUCUGGAGGAAAAAGACCAGAGAGUGGGACAGCUGCUGAUGUAGGUGAGAUAGAGCAUGGGCAAACAUCUGGAGGAAAAAGACCAGAGAGUGGGACAGCUGCUGAUGUAGGUGAGAUAGAGCAUGGGCAAACAUCUGGAGGAAAAAGACCAGAGAGUGGGACAGCUGCUGAUGUAGGUGAGAUAGAGCAUGGGCAAACAUCUGGAGGAAAAAGACCAGAGAGUGGGACAGCUGCUGAUGUAGGUGAGAUAGAGCAUGGGCAAACAUCUGGAGGAAAAAGACCAGAGAGUGGGACAGCUGCUGAUGUAGGUGAGAUAGAGCAUGGGCAAACAUCUGGAGGAAAAAGACCAGAGAGUGGGACAGCUGCUGAUGUAGGUGAGAUAGAGCAUGGGCAAACAUCUGGAGGAAAAAGACCAGAGAGUGGGACAGCUGCUGAUGUAGGUGAGAUAGAGCAUGGGCAAACAUCUGGAGGAAAAAGACCAGAGAGUGGGACAGCUGCUGAUGUAGGUGAGAUAGAGCAUGGGCAAACAUCUGGAGGAAAAAGACCAGAGAGUGGGACAGCUGCUGAUGUAGGUGAGAUAGAGCAUGGGCAAACAUCUGGAGGAAAAAGACCAGAGAGUGGGACAGCUGCUGAUGUAGGUGAGAUAGAGCAUGGGCAAACAUCUGGAGGAAAAAGACCAGAGAGUGGGACAGCUGCUGAUGUAGGUGAGAUAGAGCAUGGGCAAACAUCUGGAGGAAAAAGACCAGAGAGUGGGACAGCUGCUGAUGUAGGUGAGAUAGAGCAUGGGCAAACAUCUGGAGGAAAAAGACCAGAGAGUGGGACAGCUGCUGAUGUAGGUGAGAUAGAGCAUGGGCAAACAUCUGGAGGAAAAAGACCAGAGAGUGGGACAGCUGCUGAUGUAGGUGAGAUAGAGCAUGGGCAAACAUCUGGAGGAAAAAGACCAGAGAGUGGGACAGCUGCUGAUGUAGGUGAGAUAGAGCAUGGGCAAACAUCUGGAGGAAAAAGACCAGAGAGUGGGACAGCUGCUGAUGUAGGUGAGAUAGAGAAUGGGCAAACAUCUGGAGGAGCACGACCAAAGGAUAGGGGAGCUCCUGGACAACGCAGAUGGCCACCAAAGGGUGGGACAGCCACUGGUAAAGGCAGGCUAGGGAAGAGACCUAAGAGUGGAAGAUGGCGCCCAAGGGGUGGGAGAGCUGCAAGCAGUUUUGCACCACACAAGAAUAAGCCUGAUACCAUCACUGACUACAUGGAGCAUAUUUCCAAGAGAAAGUCUGGUGGCAAUACAAGACAUGGGCACACCUCUUCAUCCAGUGAAGAUGAGGAAUAAACUGAAGUCCAGUUCAGAAAAAAGAAGGACCAAAACAAAGUACAUUCGUAAUUAAUGAGAAAUUACAUGGGACUUUAAUUGAAUUUUUUAAACUUGAUUAUAAAUGACCAUUUUAGUGUGUAUUAAUUUUACAUAAAUUUUAGUAUGAUUUAUUGUAAGACUAAUUGAAUCUUUUAUGCUAAGCAUUCUAAUACUUUUACACACACAUUUUAUAUACACAGUACUUGACUUAAAUUCAGGUCUAGAAAAGAAGGGAUAUGGAUUUUUUUAACUUUUAGUCCCCAGAAUGUUUACUUUCCCUUUAAGACAUAUAUUGUGCAAUGUCAAGAUACAGGAAGAAUGAUAAAGAAUAGAAGUACAGCGUCAUGUAUUGAUAAAAUAUAUAUUUUUUCAUUUAAU